CAUGCGUUUACCCAGACUGGUAGUUUUAUGCAAGUCAGUGCAGCUGACUGCAGUGUUUUUGCGCAUCUGCACGCACUUUCGGAUGGAGGAUGGCAGUCACUGCAUUGCCCAAAUCUUCAGUUCGACAAAAAAAAAAACAGAAAAAACCCCAUUGAUAUAGGUCUAAAUUAAAAUGUUCAGAGAGAACUGGAUCUGAGGAUGCAAUUUUAUUCGGACUAGCUCAUUAAAAAAACGCGUUAUUAUAGGCUAUCAGACUGUCUUGGAAGUGGUAGAUCGCAGCAUCAUUAUCAGUCUGCAAGCUGCGACCUCCGCAUCCCCAGGCAAACCAAGGCUGGCCUGGUUUUCUGCACUGGCAUCUCGCUUCAUCAUUGUAUUAGAGCAUCAUCUCCCUCCUAUGAGUGAUGUCGGACUGUAGGCGACAGUGGAACCGGGAGGAUGAGCUCCCUGUGUACCUGGCUAAACCCAUCUCGGCCGGACCCAACCAGCGUCACAAGUCUCACGGAAUGUUUAGCUCCGUCGAGGGCGCGUAUGAUAGCAAGACUAUCGAUUUUGACCAGUACGCCGUAGGGAGGAAGGGGAACAGGAGCUCACGGAGCAGUAGCAGGGAGCGCAUCGUGGAUGGGGACUUUGGAGCUUAUGAGAUCAGCGGGGGGACCAUCAGCUCCCCGGGUGAGAGAGACGACGGGCGUCCGGGUGUCGAAAUCACGGAUCAGACUGAAAAGGAAUGUCGUUAUGAGCAAAACAACGGGAAGAGCGAGCGGCUGCUGAUUAAAGGUGGAAGAGUGGUCAAUGAUGAUCAGUCGCUAUAUGCUGACGUUUAUGUUGAAGAUGGAAUUAUUAAACAGGUUGGGGAGAACCUGAUUGUGCCGGGGGGCGUGAAGGUGAUUGAGGCUAAUGGGUGUAAGGUGAUUCCUGGAGGUAUUGAUGUGAACACCUGCCUGCAUAAGCCUUACUUGGGCACUCCACCUGUGGAUGACUUCUACCAAGGCACCAAAGCUGCUCUGGCAGGAGGAACCACCAUGAUCAUUGACCAUGUGACUCCACAGCCUGGUGACAGUCUUUUGGAGGCCUUUGAGAAGUGGCAGGAAGCGGCUGAUAAAAAGUCCUGCUGUGAUUAUUCACUUCAUGUGGAUAUCCCUCAUUGGCAUGAAGGUGUGAAGGAGGAACUCGAUCAGCUGGUACAGGAAAAAGGAAUCAACUCUUUCCAAGUGUACAUGGCUUACAAAGGGUUAUUUCAAAUGCCUGACUCUCAGUUGUAUGAAGCAUUCUCAUUCCUUAAGGAGCUGGGGGCAGUGGUGCUGGUGCACGCAGAGAAUGGAGACCUAAUAGCACAGGAACAAAGCAAAAUCUUGGGAAUGGGCAUCACUGGUCCGGAGGGCCACCCACUGAGCCGACCAGAGGAGCUGGAGGCGGAGGCUGUUUUCCGCGCUAUCACCCUUGGCAACCGAGUCAACUGCCCUGUCUACAUCACCAAAGUGAUGAGUAAAAGUGCAGCUGAUAUUGUGACCAAUGCACGGAAGAAAGGCUCUGUUGUUUUUGGUGAGCCAAUCACAGCCAGCUUAGCAACAGAUGGAUCUCACUAUUGGAGCAAAAACUGGGCGAAAGCAGCAGCCUAUGUGACCUCUCCACCCCUCAGCCCUGACCCGACAACACCUGACCACCUUCACUCUCUACUGGCCUGUGGUGAUCUGCAGGUCGUGGGUAGUGGACAUUGUGCUUACAGCACCUUUCAAAAGGCCAUAGGGAAGGACAACUUUACCCUUAUACCCGAGGGAACCAAUGGAGUGGAGGAGAGAAUGGGUUUUGUUUGGGACAAAGCUGUGGCUAUGGGGAAGAUGGAUGAAAACCAGUUUGUCGCAGUUACAAGCACUAAUGCAGCCAAAAUCUUCAACCUGUACCCCCGUAAGGGUCGGAUAGCAGUAGGUUCAGAUGCUGACAUUGUUAUCUGGGACCCCGACAAGAUCAAGACCAUCACAACUAAAGCACAGCAGUCGGCUCUGGAGUACAAUAUUUUUGAGGGGAUGGAGUGUCGUGGUGGUCCAGUGUAUGUGGUCAGUCAGGGUAGGAUUGUGUUUGAGGAAGGGAAGCUUCAGGUUCAGCAGGGGACUGGACGUUUCAUCUCUCGCAAACCCUUCCCUGACAUUGCCUACCAGCGCAUUAAGUACCGCAACAAGGUGAUGAGCAAGCAGGGAGUUUCUCGUGGGAUGUAUGAUGGUCCAGUAUAUGAUAUCCCAGCAACACCCAAAUAUAUAACCCCAGCACCCUCUGCCAAGACCUCACCCACUACGCACCAGCCUCCACCAAUCAGAAACUUGCAUCAGUCUAACUUCAGCCUAUCAGGGGCUCAAAUAGACGACAACAUUCCUCGGCGCUCUGGCCACCGCAUUGUAGCACCCCCUGGUGGUCGUUCCAACAUAACCAGCCUUGGUUGAGCACUUCUGCAGCUCCCAUGUGACUUUGAGAGAGCGUGUGUGUAUGUAUGUGUCUGUGUGUGUGUGUGUGUGUGUGUGUGAGUAUUAUUACAGUUCUAUCUGUUGACAAAUAAUCAGUAUUCUCCUCUCACAGGGCCAUGCUAUAAAAUAUAUUUGUGCAACGCAUGCAUGUCAAAAUAUCACUGUACCUUACCUGUGCAGUAAAUGUCCACUCUACAGUCAAUAUUACUGUGUGCAUUGUACACAAUAGUCUCUCUGCUAAGACAUACCUAGACAAAUACCAAUAGAUAGCUAGACAAUCACUAGAAAAUACUUUAUAUCCGUAACAAAUUUCAGAAAAAGUAGCAUUUAAACAAUGCUAAUAUAACUACUCACAUUUAUUAAAGUUAUGAGUUAUGAAAACCCUCGUUCUGCUGAUGUGACCCCAGUGUUUGUGAAAAUGGCCUGCUUUA